AUGAAACCGAAGACUUUGGGCGCGUGGAUAAUAAUUUUCCUCUGCUGUCUCCCUAAUUGGAAAUUGGAGGCGGAGGCAAAGAAUAAUUUUGAGCUGCAAACGGAUAACUUUACGUGCAGCAGCGAGGAUGUGAAUUCAAGGAUCAUCAAGGAGUAUCGCUGUGGUAUCAGUAAGGGUUCCAAACGCCGCACUUGGCGUAUGGAAUUUAUGCUGGUACAACCUGUUGCUGACCAUGAUUUCUUCAUGAAAAUCAUCCUGCCGCGAAGGAGACCCCUCACGGACUUCGUCCUGCUGAAUGUGACCACCGAUGGCUGCCAGUUGCUGGCCAAUCGCAAUCAAGUGCCCCUCAUGCGUUUGGGCAGGAACAUCAUGGAGCGCUUUAGCAACUUCCCCAAACAGUGUCCCUUCGAGGCCAAUGUGACCUACUACAUCAGAGGCUUCCGGCUGGACCUGAACCUCCUGCCCGCCGUGGACAUGGAGACCCCGGUUCACGUGGAGCUCAGUUAUCGGAGCAAGCAGCAGGGACUCAGGUGGAUCAGCGGCUACUUGAAGGCAAGUGUUCAAAGGAUAAGCGACAAAAAACACCCCAAGUAG